CCCCCUCCUCUCCUCCUCCUCCUCUCUCGCCCAUAUAUUCCCCGCAGCAGGCGAGGCCAGACUUGCCACUCAUCCCUGGAGCUGCAGCCUUGAGCUUGGAGGAAGACAAGAAGGAGGAAAAGGAGGACAAGAAGGAGCCGCAAUUGCGCACAGAAGCAGCUUCAGCCUUGUCUGCAACUGAGGAUCUUUUCCUUCCUUUCGUCUCCCUGAUGGCAAAGAUGUGGACGAAAUGGAGACUGGAGAACGUGAGGUUUAUUUUAGCCUGCAUGCUCUGCCUCCUCUUCAUCGAAGGAAGUAAAACCGAACAAGGGAAAUAUUCAGAGACUUUCUGUGUGUUUCAAGAUAAGAAGUAUCGGGUCGGCGAACGGUGGCAUCCUUACCUGGAACCCUAUGGGAUUGUUUACUGCGUCAACUGUCUUUGCUCAGAGAAUGGGAACGUGCAAUGCAACAGGAUCCGCUGCCCCAACCUGCACUGCCCCAACCCCGUCCAGGUCCCGCAGUUGUGCUGCCCGCGAUGCCCAGAUGAUUCACUCUUCUCCAUGGGCAGCAAAACCACCGGGAGGUCCUGCGAAUACAACGGCACCACCUACAACCACGGGGAGAUGUUUGUGGCUGAGGGACUCUUCCAAAACAGACAACCCAACCAGUGUGCACAGUGCAGCUGUUCCGAAGGAAAUGUCUAUUGUGGUUUGAAGACAUGUCCCAAACUCACAUGCUCCUCACCGGUCUCUGUGCCCGAAUCCUGCUGCCCAGCUUGCAGAGGGGAUGGAGAGUUACCUUGGGACAAUGCGGACGGAGACAUCUUUCGGCAGCCGGCCAACAGGGAAGCGAGACACUCCCCACAUCGGUCCCAUUAUGACCCGCUGCCCAGCAAUUCCAGGCCGGUUGCCAACCUCCCACGGUUCACUGGAGGCCGAAGCAACAGAGGAGCCUUGCCGGAUUUGCAGCAAGCGUCGGGAACCAUUGUUAAGAUUGUCCUCAACAACAAACACAAACACGGACGAGUGUGUGUUUCUAAUGGGAAAACCUAUUCCCAUGGAGAGUCCUGGCACCCGAACCUACGCUCCUAUGGAAUCGUGGAAUGCGUCUUGUGUACCUGCAACGUCACCAAACAAGAAUGCAAAAAGAUCACCUGCCCUGAACAAUAUCCCUGCAAGCAGCCGCAGAAAAUCGAAGGAAAGUGCUGCAAAGUCUGUCCAGAUGAAAUGGAGAGUCAGGAGCUUGACAGUAAAGAAUAUUACUGUGGGGAAGAGACCCUCCCGGUUUACGAAGCCGUUCUAACAGAAGAAGGAGAAAUCAUCCGAAAAAUUGCUUUGGAGACAGAUCAGCCAUCCCAGGUCGAGGUCCAUGUCUGGACCAUUAGGAAAGGUAUCCUGAGCCAUUUCAAUACGGAGAUCAUAUCCAAGAGUGAAUUCAGGCAACUUUCCCACUUUAGGAAGAUCACAAAGACUACACUGAGCCAGUGGAAGAUAUUCAGUGAAGGAGAGGCCCAAAUAAGCCAGAUGUGUGAGAGCCGGCUGUGCAGGACUGAACUGGAAGACCUGGUGAAGGUGUUGUACCUCGAAAAGUCUGAGAAGGACCACUGUUAAGAAAGGAAAAGGAGGAGGAAGAGAAAGGACCGCACUGAAAAGGGAAACGGAGGAAGAUCUGGAUCUGCAGCUGGACUGCGGGCGGAUUUCGCUUGCCUGAAAGACCAAACCUCCCCUGCGAGACAACAUUCAUCUCAUGCAAAACAAUAUUUAUACAUCUGGCCUUUAAAUCCCUCUCCAUAAAACCCAGGGAUACUCUACAUUAUUCAGAGCUUAUAAGGUCCUGGGAAACUACAACUUGCAGCUUUGCGCCUAGAUCUGGUCAUUGAACUCCAAACAGAAAACCUAGGAUGCUCUCAGAGCCUGGAAAACAUAGGUUUUUGGGAAACUAUAAUCUCUUAACUACUCAGACAGUGGAGCUGGGGGAUUAUGGGUCCUGUAGUCCAAAAAUACAGGGUCCCAUUCGCCACUGAAGCUUGGAAGGAAUAAAAGGAAGGUUUGUUUUCAUGUCAUUCCUUAAAGGUUUUGGAAAAGUUUGAACCAGGCUCAUACUAAGGCAGAAAACUAUUUCUUGUUAGUUGGAGACGGUAACCGAUAUCCUGUUUUGUGACAUACACAAUCUUUAACAUAGACCUGCACAUGCCUUUUUUUCAGUCGAAGAGAUUGGUAUUUUGUUCCCUAUUUGCAACCAACAUAGUCUUCCCCAGGAGUACAUCUGCACUGCAGUUCGACACCACAUUAACUGCCUUGUCUCAAUACAAUGGGAUCCUGGGAGUUGCAAUUUGCCAAGGCACCAACACUUUUUGGAAGAGAAGGCUCAAGUCCUUGUAAAACCACAACACCCAGUAUUCCAUAGCAUUGAGCCAUGGCAGUUAAAGUGGGGCCAAACUGCAUUCAUUCCACAAUGUAGACACACUCCCUGUUGGCUUUUUUCCAUCAAUAGUAGACCCAUUGAAUGAGUGGUUGAGUAGUGAGACAACACAUGGACAAGUUACUAAUCAGUUCAGUGGUUAACCUCGAGUUGGUGGCAGCAAUAUUGGCCAACAUUUUUGGAAUAUAAGAUGAAAGGAGAUUCCAUCUGGACAUUAGGAAGAACAUCUGUUAAGGAUAUAGUAUAGUCUCAGCACUGUACAUUAUAUCAACUUUGAGAUAAUUGUAUCAAUUUUGAGAUAAUUGUAUCAGAAACAAGGAAGGAGAUUCCAUCUGAAUAUUAGGAAGAACUUCCUGACUGUGAGAGCUGUUCAGCAGUGGAACUCUCUGCCCCGGAGUGUGGUGGAGAGUCCUUCUUUGGAGGCUUUUAAACAGAGGUUGGAUGGCCAUCUGUUGGGGGUGCUUAGAAUGCAAUUUUCCUGCUUCUUGGCAGGAAGUUGGACUGGAUGACCCAUUAGGUCUCUUCCAGCUCUGUGAUUCUAUGUGACCUCCUGGGAAUUUCUGUUUCCACCAAAAGGAGCAAAUACAGCCCAUUGGGGUGGGAAAAUGGGGUGAAAAUCAUCCUCAGAUACCACAUACUUCUUUAUGACUCACAGGUCAUAAUCAGAGCUAUGAUUUUAAACAGAUCAGCUCUCACUUCAUCAUUCACUUAUUUGUAUUCACGGCUAUACUAUUACUAUGCACCUUCCCUAACAAUGUGCACAUCCUUGCAUUUGUUUUUGGUGAAAAGGAGUGAAUGGAGCUGGGUAGGUUUCUCUGCUCAGUGCAUUUGCAGCAUAAGAAAAGCACUCCUCAGAAGAUCAGGUGUAAGAUAGAUGCCGAUGAUCUCGGAUUCAGAUUCUACAUUGUAGGAUUAAUACAGUUUGACGCCACUAACCGCCAUGGGAUUACGAAGGUUGUCAUUUCACAAGGUCUUUAGCAUUCACAGAUGUCUCACCAAACUACCACUCCCAAGACCCCAUAACAAUGGGCCAUGGUAGUUAAAGUGGUCUCAAACUACAUUAAUUCCAUUCCUAGCAGCCACAGGCCCUUUCCUUUUCCCCCUCAGCCGCUUAAGCGGCUGAGGGGGAAAAGGAAGGGGCCUGAGGCUGUUAGGAAUGGUGGGAGUUGAAGUCCAAAACAUAUGGAGGGUCCAAGUUUGCCCAUGCCUGGUGUAGAUGCACCCAAUAUCUCCAAGAGGAGAUCCUGCCAGAAACCUUAGAGAACCUCCACCAACCAGUGCAAAGAAAAUUCAUAUAGUUGGUAGAGAUGGAAAGAAUAUCCGAAAUAAAUUCGGAAAGGGGUUGAGCAUCUAGUUUCUAAAGUUUCAGGAAAUCCUAAUGACAAUUCUGGACUGGCAAGUAAUGUUGUACUUUGUGCCUGAUUCUUCAUGAAACUUUCAAUUUUUGUUGUUGCAUAGGAAACAAUCUUUUCUGCACAGGUUUUUUGGCAUAUGCACAUGUUUUGCACAGGCUAAAUCUCUGGCUAGAGCAGUGGUUCCCAACCUCUGGACCAUGGACCACCAGUGGUCCACAAGAACGAAAAUAUGGUCCACGGCCUCACCAUUACUACACCGUUGACUUGAAACCACACGACAAUGAGAGCGACUGGUGUCUCGAAACUCUCUUAUGGUGCCAAGGCAACAUGGAUGUCGGGAGGGGAGAGAAUGAUUACCCACAAAAGAUUGCUACUACCACAUCAGCUCUAGAUGAUUAAAUAUGGUUUUCUGUUGGUGAGCAGAUGGCAACUACUGGAUGUCAUAUGUUCUGUAUCAGAAAUUAAAGCUUAUGUGGUCUAUCCAAUGCAAUUUUCUGAAUCAGCACUCCAAAUAACCAAAUUGAAUCUAAAGUUGACCAAAAACUGAUUCGUAACCCUUUUGGUACUAAUGUUGGAGAGUAGUCCCUGGUCAAAGUAGUCCCUGGUCAAAAAAGGUUGGGAACCGCUAGGCUAGAGCAUUUGUGCAGAAAAUACCAAUGGCAUAUUUUUAAAGGCUUUCUGGUAGAGGGAAGAACAAAUGGCAAACUCGUUUCCUUUGAGAAAGAAAUCAGUGAAAGAUUACAUCCCAAUUUAACGUGUAUGGAGAGUCCCUGAUGGGGAAGGGUGAGUUAGUUGUGUCUCUGGGUUGAUUGAGAAAAAGCUUGACAAAGUAACCAUAAUGGAUGCUGCACCAUCUACAUUUCGGCAUGUACAAGGUUGAAUUAAUGCAGUUUCACACCUUUUUUCUGUCAAGGCUCAGGGAGUCACCAUUUUACAAGAUCUUGCAAAAUAUUGCUGGUUCCUCACCCAUCUACAACUCACAUCAUUUCAUAGCAUUAGUCGUCAAGGGGAACAAGUUAAACAUGAGCCAACAAUGUGAUGUUGGGAUUUUGGCCUGCAUAUAUAGGAGUCUACUGUCUAAAUGCAGGAAAGUCCCACUACCCCUCUAACGUGCCUUUGUGAGACCACACCUGGAAUCACACUAUGUCCAGUUAUGGGCAAUUGAAGGGAGAUGUCAACAAGCUGGAAUGUGUUCAGAGGAGGGUGACUCAAAUGAUCAAGGGUCUGGAGAACAAGCCCUAUGAGGAGCAGCUUAAAGAGCUGGGCAUGUUUAACCUGCAGAAGAGAAGACUGAGAGGAGACAUGAUGAGGGCCAUGGAUCAAGAUGUGAGGGGAAGUCAUAGGGAGAAGGAAGCAAGCUUGUUUUUUGCUGCCCUGGAGUCAGAGACUAGGACUAGGAACAAUGGCUUCAAACUACAGGAAAGGAGAUUCCACCUGAACAUUAGGAAGAACUUCCUGACUGUGAAAAUUGUUCAGCAGUGGAACUCUCUGCCCCAGCAUGUGGUGGAGGCUCCUUCUUUGUGGGCUUUUAAACAGAGGCUGGAUGGCCAUCUUUUAGGGGUGCUUUGAAUGUGAUUUUCUCUGCUACUUGGCAGGAGACCACAAGGUCUCUCCCAGCUCUACGAUUCUAUGAUUCUAUAAGCCAUGUCAGUAAAAGUGGUGUCAGGCUGUAUUAAUUCUACAAUGCAGAUGCAAACAAAGUUGGAGGCAGGUCUAGAUGUUGAUUUAACAGAGCCAGAUUAAUCCGCAAGGUCAUUAUCCUCAAAUCUAAAGCAAUACAGUUGGUCCUCCAUAUCCAUGAAUUCAGCCAACCACGACUCAAAAAUAUUUAGAAAAAUAAAAUCUUGAAAGCAAAGCUUUAUUUUGCUGCACGCCAAGUUCAUGCGCCGGCAUAUCCUGCUAUAGCCUCCUGCCAUUUCGCCGAUCCUCUGUCUCUCUUUUGAGUUGUCCGCCGUUUAAUAUAAAGAGGACUUUGCCGUUUUACUGUGCCAACCUAUAUAAUAAAACUUGGGCAUUCACAGAUUUUUGAUAUCCACCGGGGAUCCUGGAGCCAAACCCCACUGGAUACCAAUGGCCCACUGUAUACACUUCUCUGCAAUGCAAUAUACACUUUGCCUUCUCAUAAGCACUUGGUCUCAUUUGUAUGGAGUCAGUGGUCUGUCACUUUUUUGGAAAGUACCACUGUGGGGCGAGGAUAGGAUGGGUGGAAAGAUUGCUGUACAGGACAUUCUUUUUAAUUAUUGUGAUGAUUUUUGGAAGACAGAUGAUAUGUACUGUGAUGAGACAGGUGGGAUACAGGGUGUGUAUUUAUUUGUACAGGAACUUCUCUUCAAGAACCACGAUGGCGAGAGUUUGCUUACAAUUAACCAAUAUACAUCCCUGCCUGCCUUUGGAUUGAAUUCCACCUUCCUUCCGCGACCUUUCCCAAGACAUGUAACUUGUAACCAUUAUUUAUGUACUUGUUCUAUCACUUUUAUAAAUUAAUACAUUCAGAGUUGUUUCAAA